GAAGUUUCCGACAACCCGUCUUCCUCCUCGCGACUUAACCCCUAUCGAAAACCCUGAUUCAGUGGCAUUUCAUCCUGAUUUUUCGAUCGCCAAUGGCUGGAGGUCGAUUUCGUGAGCUACUGAAAAAGUAUGGCAAGGUGGCGUUAGUUGUACACUGUUCCGUCUCCGCCGCAAGCAUCACCGGAUUGUAUGUUGCCAUCAUGAACAACAUUGACGUCGAAUCAGCUUUGGAAAGAGUUCGCUUCAAGCAACUUGAAUCCGUCCUCGAAAAAUUCGGUAUGGGCGGUCCGAAGGAAGAAUUAGAAGUAGAAACUACUGGAUUUCCCCAAUCGGAUCCUGAAAUGGUCGGUGAGGCGGCGAAGCCUAGGAAUCGGACGGCUGAGCUAGCGGCGUCGAGUGGUGGAGCAUUGGCGCUGGCGGUUCUUUGUAAUAAGGCUCUGUUUCCGGUUAGGGUUCCUAUCACCAUUGCUCUCACGCCUCCGAUUGCAAGGUUUUUGGCCAUGAGGCAGAUCACUAAAAACAGUAUAUGAUCUUUCCCCAUUAUUUUACUUCAUAAAAGUGCAUAUAUGAAUUGGUAUCGUUAGAAAUGCAUACCAUUACCUGAUGACUUGUUGAGUUGAUUAAUAAGUGCUGCUACAUUUCUUGAUAUAUUCAAUUUCUAAACAUUUGUUUGAAGCUAGA